AUGACUACACUUCGCCUUCCAUCCCCGACUUCAACAGGGCUGUCUUCGAAGAGCAGCAGAAAAAGCUUCUAUCUUCCACUCACAAGCCAUGGGUUGCCUAAAAAGCCUCGUGAUGCGUCGCCCGCUCGACCACAUCGGUUCUCGAAACGGGGCGUCAUCUCACCCCCAUUGAGCCCCAGAUCACCAGGUCCCAGAUCGCCGCCUAUGUCCGCAAGGUCGUUUGGUACCUUCAUCGACUCUGAACCAUCUACCCCUGCAUACUCACCAAGGAUGGAAGAUGCCUGGGAUAGCUCGACGUUGGUUGUCUUACGGCCAAUGUCCUCUUCUUCGGCGCCUUCUACUCCUGCAGAGCCGACGUGGGACAUGGUGACGUCUGCUACAAAGUCUACAACGUAUAACACACAAGGACCAACAACCAAGACACCGGAGAUCUCCACACAAACCUCGCUGGCUUCCCAUCCCUUCGCGCGUGCCAACACAUCUCCAGAAGUCAUCAGAAGCAAGAAGGUUCUGAACAUCAAUAUAGUCAGGCCAAACAAGAUCGCGGAGAUCUCGCAGGAGGAGGUCCAAAUGCCUGUUGAAGAGAGUGUCGAUGACGGAACCACCAAGCCAAGCGAGGAGCAGACUGCACAGCCCAACGCCGCCCCAUUCGGCAAACUAGCAACAAGAAUGAAGUCGCUACUACGUCGACGAACAACAGGGGAUAAGAAGAAAGAGAAGAAGCCAAAAGAGUCACUGCCGGAAAUCGACCGCAUGGAGGAUGUACAUUGGACGGAGAUGUAA